CUUUUCUGCCAUACUGACUUUGUCUCGACAAAAGCAAUAAAGAAUCAGCGAUCAGUGGAGUACGAAGAGAAAAACUUUACAGAAGAAUUUGAGAAGUUUCUUCCUGAACAAGUUUGAUUCUGAUCUUUGUGAUUCUCAUGGUGAUUCAUUUUUAAAACCGUCGUUCAGAAAGUGAAAGUAAAGUUUAGAUUGCUGGAGCUCAAACAGUGAGAAUGGCUUCAGCAGCUGAAUAUGAUUAUAUUUGUCCUGUGUGCUGUGAUAUCUUCAAGACUCCUGUUCUUUUAUCCUGUAGUCACAGUUUCUGUAAAGAGUGUCUUCAACAGUUCUGGAGAUCCAAGACAUCUCAGGAGUGUCCUGUCUGCAAGAGGAUCUCAACAUCUGAUCCUCCAGUGAAUCUUGCAUUAAGAAACUUGUGUGAGUCGUUCCUGAAGGAGAGAAAUGAGAGGCGUUCAUCAGGGUCUGAGGAGAUCUGCAGUUUACACAGUGAGAAACUCAAGCUCUUCUGUCUGGAGGAUAAACAGCCUGUGUGUUUAGUGUGCAGAGAUUCAAAACAACAUGACAAUCAUAAAUUCAGACCCAUCAGUGAAGUGGUUUCAUCAUAUAAGGAGGAGUUCAAUACAGCACUGAAGUCCUUACAGGAGAAACUGAAACACAAUACAACAAUGAAAGCAGAGUUUGAGAAAACAGUUCAACACAUCAAGGCUCAAGCUGAGCACACAGAGCGUCAGAUUAAACAGCAGUUUGAGACGCUUCAUCAGUUUCUCAGAGAUGAAGAAGAAGCUACAGUCACUGCACUGAGGGAGGAAGAGGAGCAGAAGAAGCAGAUGAUGAAGGAGAAGCUGGAGGAGAUGAACACACACAUCUCAGCUCUUUCACACACACUCAAAGACAUGGAGGAGAUGAUGAAAGCCAGUGACGUCUGCUUUCUGAAGGAGUUUCCAGUCUCAAUGGAAAGAGUCCAGAGCUCACGGCCGGAUCCACAGAUGGCUUCUGGAGCUUUGAUUCAUGUGCCUCGAUACUUGGGCAACCUGCCGUUUAGAGUCUGGAAGAAGAUGCAGGACAUCGUCCAAAACACUCCUGUGAUUCUGGAUCCAAACACUGCGAAUCCACGUCUCGUCCUGUCUGAUGAUCUGACCAGUGUGAGAUACAGCGGGAACAGACAAACUCUUCCUAAUAAUCCAGAGAGAUUUGACUGUAGUGUGUGUGUUCUGGGUUCAGAGGGAUUUAACUCAGGAACACACUGCUGGGAUGUGGACGUUACAGAGAGUGUAUGCUGGACUCUUGGAGUAACUACAGCAUCAAAACAGAGGAAGGGAUACGGUUUCUUCAACACUGAUGAUGUCUGGAGUGUGCAGUAUGAUCCGGACGGAAUCUUAUGGUGGUCUUAUGGUGGUCUUCAUUUUGGUUUUCGUGUUGAACAGGAUCUUGAUCGUGUGAGAGUGAAUCUGGACUAUAAUGGAGGAACGGUGUCGUUCUCUGAUCCUGUAACUAACACACAUCUACACACACUCACAGACACCUUCACUCACACACUCUUUCCAUUCUUCCAGUGUUCUUCUGGCUCUCUGAGGAUCUUAGCGGUCAAUAGUCAGAACGGGCAAAGCUCGCCGGACCCCGAUCGCUCGUUCUGCAGUACCUCCUUCCGCAUUUGCCGCUCCCCGCGACACGGCAUCACAGACCUUCCGCUAGCCUGGGCCGCGCCCGGAUCCUGUCACGGAAAGGCGCCAACCUCCUCCAGGCCAACUCCCCUCCUCAGCCCCUCCCACUGUGCCACUCCUCAACCAGCCCCUCUGAAUGCAGUGGUAACGGAACCUCCUCCAGUGACGAACAACAUCCGAGCUCAAAUCCUCGCAGGCGCAGACGUUGAUUUGGGUUCUCUCCUGUCCUUGUUUCCACCGGCCGAAUCCAAUCGCCAAAUUUCUGGAGCUCAAACAGUGAGAAUGGCUUCAGCAGCUGAAGAUGAUUAUAUUUGUCCUGUGUGCUGUGAAAUCUUCAAGACUCCUGUUCUUUUAUCCUGUAGUCACAGUUUCUGUAAAGAGUGUCUUCAACAGUACUGGAGAACCAAGACAUCUCAGGAGUGUCCUGUCUGCAGGAGAACCUCAACAUCUGAUCCUCCAGUUAAUCUUGCAUUAAGAAACUUGUGUGAGUCGUUCCUGAAGGAGAGAAAUGAGAGGCGUUCAUCAGGGUCUGAGGAGAUCUGCAGUUUACACAGUGAGAAACUCAAGCUCUUCUGUCUGGAGGAUAAACAGCCUGUGUGUAUCGUGUGCAGAGAUUCAACACAACAUGACAAUCAUAAAUUCAGACCCAUCAGUGAAGUGGCUUCAUCAUCUAAGGAGGAGUUCAAUACAGCACUGAAGUCCUUACAGGAGAAACUGAAACACAAUACAACAAUGAAAGCAGAGUUUGAGAAAACAGUUCAACACAUCAAGGCUCAAGCUGAGCACACAGAGCAUCAGAUUAAACAGCAGUUUGAGAAGCUUCAUCAGUUUCUCAGAGAUGAAGAAGAAGCUACAGUCACUGCACUGAGGGAGGAAGAGGAGCAGAAGAAGCAGAUGAUGAAGGAGAAGCUGGAGGAGAUGAACACACACAUCUCAGCUCUUUCACACACACUCAAAGACAUGGAGGAGAUGAUGAAAGCCAGUGACGUCUGCUUUCUGAAGGAGUUUCCAGUCUCAAUGGAAAGAGUCCAGAGCUCACGGCCGGAUCCACAGAUGGCUUCUGGAGCUUUGAUUCAUGUGCCUCGAUACUUGGGCAACCUGCCGUUUAGAGUCUGGAAGAAGAUGCAGGACAUCGUCCAAAACACUCCUGUGAUUCUGGAUCCAAACACUGCAAAUCCAUGGUUCGUCCUGUCUGAUGAUCUGACCAGUGUGAGAUACAGCGAAAACUAUCAAACUCUUCCUAAUAAUCCAGAGAGAUUUGACGGGUAUCUCUGUGUUCUGGGUUCAGAGGGAUUUAACUCAGGAACACACUGCUGGGAUGUGGACGUUACAGAGAGUGAAUUCUGGGCUCUUGGAGUAACUACAGCAUCAGACCAGAGGAAGGGAGGAGGUUUCUUCAACACUGAUGAUGUCUGGUGUGUGGAGUAUGAUCCGUCCGGACUGUAUUUUGGUUUUCCUGUUAAACAGAAGCUUGAUCGUGUGAGAGUGAAUCUGGACUAUAAUGGAGGAACGGUGUCGUUCUCUGAUCCUGAAACUAACACACAUCUACACACACUCACAGACACCUUCACUGACACACUCUUUCCAUUCUUCCGGUGUUAUUCUGGCUCUCUGAGGAUCUUAGCGGUCAAUAGUCAGUAAACGUCUCUCCUGUAGAUCUGGAUCUUCCUGCUUUCAUCAUGUUUCCAAUAUUUACUCCAUCUCACAUGAGUAAGAGUGCUGUUGAUCUGAGUGUCAGUACGGUGGCUGUGAUUGGGCCGUGAUGAUCACAUGACUGAUAUCAGCACUACAGCAACACUCAGAUCAAUAAACAUCAAGUUUUCAUUUAUAUUCCACUUCACACAAUUAGACCCAUUAGAGACCGUUUUAGCAUUCAUGUUUUCAGGAGAACUGACAUUUACCACAUUAUUUCACUCAAUCUGUGUUUAUAUAUUCCAAAACGUUUUGCAUCGUAAUUAUAUAUGAUUAUAUAUUAUAUUUUUUCUUGUAUUACAUCAAAAAACUGAAGCAGUAAAUUCUGCACAUUUUCUAUGUUUGUUCAACAUGAGACUAAAUGAAUAAUUAUUUGAGUUAUAGAGGUGAAAUGAUCAUUUGUUCUUGUGUAAAGGUUCUUGCUGAUGAUCCCUUUAACUGUGUUUUAAAUAAAUAAAUAACGUGUGAAACGA